AAUCACAUCCAACGGCCGCCGCUCGAGCACAGAUUCCAGCUCUUAGUUUGAAGAAUACGGACUGGGCUCCGCGACAACUGUCCGGAAUUGGAACGUAGUUCUGUCCUCAGCGCGCCGUUCUUACUAAAAAGGACCAUUCGUGAAGCGAAGUGUCCGCUUUCUAAUAUCGAACAGCAGCUGCCCCGAGCCUCUCUCCUCAACAACAAUGCGGUUCCAGUGGAGGGCCCACCCGCCACGCACGACGCAGUCACGCCUCUCAAGACUGUACGUCUGUGUGGGGUCAGGAAGUUGCUUUGUGUAUCUCCGAUGCGAAAAGACGCUGGAGUAGUAGUGGUAGUAUGAGUAAUAUCAGAAACACCAAGUACUAAUAUAUCCUGCUUUCUAAAAACGAAAACGCGUGGUUAAUUUAAUAACGCAUUUGUAUCUGUCGCUGGUAGAGUCGUGCACACUUGUUUUCAGCGUUGUAUAUAAAACCACAAACUAAGUGAAAGAAAAUUUGGAGAAGUCUGUAUUACAUAUUAAUCAGAUGUUCGUUUUUUUUCCGUCUUCAUGCAUUCUGUAAAAAAUAAAUCUCACCAGAAUGCAGUAUUUGAAGCGUAAUACCGAAGUGGGCUAGAACUGACCAAUGUAUUUAUAUGCUUUAACAGUAAUAGCAGGCAUUUCAUUUCCAUUGACUGACAAUAGAUAUCCUUCUAGCUCUUUUGACCUGGUAAGUUACACCAGUCUUUAUGAUGUUUACAACAUCUAAUUUAAAGUAUUCAGAUGUGAUAUUUCACAUAGUUGCAGUAAGACUCCUACAUGACAAAACCUAAAAACACGACAAUUAAAUGCAGAUUCAAAGCUUUUCUUUGCCCCACCUAAUGGCGCAUCCCUACCCCUGGAAGUGACCCUCUAGGUCAAGAAACCCCGUGUAACAGGGCUGUGUUCUCAUUUCGCCCGAGCUUUCCGCUUGUGGAUCCUAUAUACUUGACGUCAAAGGUGAUCCAGAAUAACAAAAAGACAAAAGAUUCCACCAUCAUUAAUGCAAAAGGAGAGUCACACUCACCUGGUGUUUGGUUGAUCUUUGAUAGACAUUGUGAUGGACCCUUAAUACACUGAAUAUCUUUUGAAUGUUAAUCAAAAGGAAGACCCCAUGAUUCUAAACUACAGAAAGAAUUCAUGACUGGCUGUUUUUAAUAAGGACAUUUGUUUUAAAGCAGAAUUCUAAGUCUGCUAAAAUGGAUGGUGAGGAAAACCUGCCCCAAAUUAGCGACAAUGAAAGCCCAAAGCAAAUUGAUUUAAUGGAAGAAGAUAUAAAACCAGAAGGUGAAAAAGAAAGUGUGAAAAUUAAAGAACAAGAAAAUUAUGGAAGUGUUUUUAAUACAUACAGUAGUACAGUGUAUGACACCAUGGACACAAAAUCUGUUUCCUGUUCUCCAGGAGCACUGGCUACUGAAGUCCCAUCUCUGUCCUCCUCUCCAGAAAUGCUAUCAGAAGAUAUGACUCCUCAACUUACUUGUGAACAAGCAACAAUGGAUGCAGCUGCAGCAGACAUUUCGUCUUCUGAAGAGAUGUGUGACAAAGACGACUCUCUCAGCUCUCCAGGUGGAUUAAAUGAGGGCCCAAGUUUGAAUGAAUUCCAUGUUUCAGGUUCCAGGAAAGCAGAACGUUCUAUAAAGAUUAAGAUUAAAAGAAUGAGCAAAGAACCUGCAGAAAAUGAUGUUAGUAUCCACAUUAAGGAGGAACCAGAAAACAUGGCUGAUGAGAGUAUUAAUGAUCCAAGUUCAGCCUUAUUCAGUUCCUUAGGCCGAUAUAAUUCUCGAGAAAAUGAUGAAUACAGUAAUUUGCUUACUGGGUACCAUAGUACUCUAUACGAUGUGGCCAUGGAUGCGGUCACACAAAGUCUUUUGUCUUCAAUGAGAAGUAACGUUAAUCCCAGGAAAAAAUCUCCCGCUUGGAAUCAUUUCUUCAUAUCCCCACGAGAUAGUACCAAAGCAAUCUGUAUGUACUGUAUGAAAGAGUUCAGUCGGGGGAAAAAUGAAAAAGACCUUAGUACGAGUUGUCUCAUGAGGCAUGUGCGAAGGGCACACCCUACUGUUCUUUUACAGGAGAGUGAAUUCCCAUCAAGUACUUUAGCUAGUUCAGUUGGCUCUUCUUUAUUACCUCCCGUAACUUCACCAAAUAACAAUGGGGAGCUGGCAGCUGGUUCUACUUUAGUGUCACAGAAAAACACUUCAAGUACGGUGUCCUCUACAGAGAACACAGAAGAGUUUCCAUCCAAAGAAGUGUUUCCAGUUACACCAAAAUUAGAGAAGUGUGCCAAAAACGACAACUGCAUUACUUUAUCCCCACAUUCCAGUAACAGCCAUAAUGAAGAUGCUACGGAUGGUGUAUCAGACCGCAUUCUUGCAACUCCAAAAAAUUCAAAUUCUAGAAGGAGAUCAGCAGUCUGGAAGCAUUUUUAUUUAUCACCUGCAGAUAGUUCUAAAGCAGUGUGUAUACACUGUAUGAAUGAAUUCAGCCGAGGUAAGAAUGGGAAAGAUCUGGGAACAAGUUGUCUUAUUCGUCAUAUGUGGAGAGCUCACCGGGACAUUGUUAUUGAAGAAAAUGGAAAUGGUUCCAGCAUUCCACCACCGUAUACAACACCACCCACUUUGUUACCCUCCUUCCAGCUUCAAGAUGCAAGUGAGUCAAAAUUCAGAAAAGAGUCUUCUUUUAUCUCCUUGUCUCCAGAAAGGACAUCUGACGAGGUAUCGCAAAAUCUCAGUGAAAGUAUGGAUGUCAGAGAGGAGUCGAAUGAUGUGUCAUAUCAUCUGCCCUCAGGACAGUCCUCAUUAGAAAUGCCAGUUGGUGCAGCGUCUUUGUCAGAAGGACUGAGUGAAAAAGAUCUCCCUCUGACGUCCUCUCCGGAUGAUCUUUCUGAAGGUCCAAGUGUAAAUGAAGAUCAGAGUUCAGUUUUUCAACAAAAUAAAAAAAUAAUGAAAAGAGUGAAAUCAGAAGUUUGGCACCAUUUCAUAGUUUCCCCGGUUGACCAUCUGAAAGCUUUAUGUCGGUACUGUCCAUGUGUCAUAAGCAGAGGAAAGCGAGGGGAUUUUGGAACUAGCUGUUUAAUGAGACAUCUGAUGAGGCGACAUCCUAAUGUUCUGAAGAACCAAAAAGGCACAUAUGACAAAGUUUCAUCAUCUCCUAGAUCACCAUAUGCAACUCUGGCUGCUGCAGAAGCCUUGUCAUGUAAAGUGACUGACAACUCGGUAGCUGAAGAUAAGAAACCUCAUGCAUUGCCGGUUUUUAGCAAAAAGACUUCCAAGUUGUGGAAUCACUUUUCUAUUUGUUCUACGGAUCCAACAAAAGUAGUGUGUUUGCACUGUAGCCGUACCAUAAGUAGAGGCAAAAAGACUACAAACCUUGGCACAAGUUGUUUAUUCAGACACAUGCAGAGAUUCCAUGGACAUGUUCUUGAAAACAACAGCAGCAUCUCAGGUGUGGUGUUAUCAUCCUCGGCAAACUUGCAAGCAAAACCAGAAUUAAUGGAUACAUCAUCUUAUGAAGACAAUAAUGAAAGAUAUAAUGAAUAUCAUCCAGUUGCCAAAAAAAUCACCAAACUUGUUGCAGAGAUGCUUGCAUUGGACCUCCAGCCUUCAUCCCUUGUGGAGAAUGUUGGUCUGAACAGAUUACUGGAAUACUUGCAACCACAGUACUCUCUGCCUUCAGCUACAUACUUUACCAGCACUGCCAUACCAGAGAUGUAUGAGAGAGUGAAAGAGGUGAUUGUCACUCACCUAAAAGAAGCUGAAAGUGGUAUUGUUCAUUUUACAACAAGCAUUUGGGUCAGCAACCAAACAAGAGAGUACCUGAUUCUUACAGCUCACUGGGUUACAUUUGAGUCCUGUGUACGGCCUCAAGGACAGGAUUUUCACUGCUCUGCUCUUCUCAGUGUUUCUCAGAUUGACUGUGACUACAAUAUGAUGAACAUUCAGAAGCAGCUUGAGUAUUUGUGGGACACCUGGAUCAUUUCCUCAGGUCUGAAAAUAGGCUUCACAAUAACUGAUAAUCAGAGUAUUGGAAACAUGCUUGAUGACAAUGAACAUUCAAGCUUGCAAUGUUUCGGACACACGAUUGACCUCAUUGUUAGCGAAGCCAUAAAGAGUCAGAGAAUGGUUCAAAAUUUGCUGAGCAUUGCAAGGAAAAUUUGUGAGCGUGUCCAUCGUUCAGCAAAAGCAAAAGAGAAGUUGGCAGAACUGCAAAAAAUCUACAACCUGCCUGAAAAUCAUCUGGUUCAAGAUGUUCCUUCCAAGUGGAAAACCUCCUUCUACAUGCUUGAACGUUUAGUUGAACAGAAGAAAGCCAUUGAUGAGAUGUCCAUUGAGUGCAAUUUCAGGGAACUUAUCAGCUGCGAUCAAUGGGAGGUGAUGCAGUCAGUUUGCAAUGCUUUAAAACCCUUUGAGGUUGCAUGCAGGGAAAUGAGUACUCGGACAGCUACACUUGGCCAAGUUAUUCCACUCAUUCACAUUCUCAAUCGGAAGAUAGAUAUGCUUUUUGAUGAGACCAUGGGCAUAGAUAAUAUGCUUAAGUCCUUGAAGGAGGCAAUGGUAAGCCGAAUGUCCUCCACACUUCAUGAUCCAAGGUACACUUGGGCUACAAUGUUGGAUCCUCGGUACAAAACCUCCUUAUUCACAGAGGAAGAAGCGGAACAGUGUAAGCAAGACCUCAUCCGAGAACUAGAAGCAUUAACGUCUACCUCAGCAGAGCUUAAGCCUUUGGUUUCUAAUGGAUGUAGUGAAGCUCCAGCUUCAUCUAACAGUACCGUCAGUAACAAUGAUAAUCUCUGGGCACUUAUGGACGAUAUCAGGAACAAAAUAAAACAAGAAGAUAGACCCAAAUCCUCUGAGCUUGCUGUCCAUGAAUACUUGGAGGAAGAAAUUGUUGAUCAAAGUUGUGAUCCUCUUGAUUAUUGGAACCUUAAAAAAUUCUUAUGGCCGGAUCUUGCCAAAGUUGCUGUUCGAUAUGUGGGCUGCCCUCCGAGCAUUAUUCCAUCAGAGACACUGUUCAGUACUGCAAGUAAAAGCUGUACCUUGAAUCACUCCAGACCAAUGCUGGAGAAUAUAGAAAGACUUAUCUUUUUAAAGGUUAACCUUCCCUUAAUAUAUUUUCAGUACUGAAUAGAUAAUGCCUGUACUACUGUUCCUACACCUGACAACUUGAGAAAGCCUAUGUACUAGGGGAGUAUCUGUGAGUGUGUAUGUGGGGUGGGGUGGGGGGUGGGUAUCAGGGAAGGUCGUGAUUUAGCUGUAGGUUAGGUAAAUAAUUGUUGCUGUAUUUUUAUUUUUUCAGUUUUAUAUUUUUUUUCUCCUUGUGCCUUAUACAAACUUCUUCAGGUCAAAAUGAUGAUGUAAAUACUUAACUGAUGUUUAACCAAGUUCUAGACCAUAAAUUUAAGUGUUUAUGAAUAGUAGGAACUAGGUGCUACAUAAUGUUUUUUUUAAAUAAUGUGGCCCAAAAAUGCUGUGACUGAAAAAUGUAUAAUACAAUACCAUAAUGUAAUUUUAUUUUAUUCUUUCAUUGUGAAAUUGUGGAUAAUGGUACUGUCUAAAUUAGAUAUAGUUUUCUUUUGGAAAUUACUGCAUUUCUAAACAACAAUGUAUAUUAGUACUGUAUUACAAACUACAAGCAAUCUCUGUUCAAAAUAUACUUUUAUCUUUUAAGCACAAUUGAAGUUUACUUCUGAGGGAUUAAAUUAUGGGUCACUGUCUAGUAAAUAUACAAUGUACAUUUAUAAAUAUUCAUUUCAAUACAGAAUUUGAUAAUUGUGAAAACAUUAAGACUGGAACCAUAAUAAUUACCUGGUAAACUGUAAAUAAAGCCUUUUCCCUUGGAUGUUUAGAAUUAGGUCUCUGCGUUCCUAAAAUAGUUCUGGUAGCUGAAUGAAUACCAUACCAUGUAAUAUGAAACCCCAGAUAGAGCAUAGUUAUGUUUUACUUCACAAUGAUAAAUGGAUUUCAACUUUA